AUCCACCAUCCGCGAUUGCUCUCGCCGUUUUCAACGCACACGCACCUGCAUCUGAAAUGGCAGCCACAGUUCUAGGAAAGCGCUCACGGGCUGCAAUUGACCUUGAAGAGCCCUUGCCUUUGCGCUCUGGAAGCAAGCGCCGGGCACGACCGCCUCGAAUCCACGAAGAAGAACAAUCACCCAACUUGUCAACGGCCAGCCCCAGAUCCAAAGCUGUCGACUGUUCCGGCCCGUUCUCCGAAAACGACGCCAACGUCAAGAAACUGACGAUCGGUAAUAGUCGUUCGAAACGUAACGUUCGAAACGACAAUACCUUAUCGCCCUCGAAAAUCGAUUCACACUUCAAAGCUUCCAAGCCUGUGAACAAUGAAAAUGUCAAACCAACCGAAUUCAAAACUCCACAGUCAAAACGGUUUCGAGAUGCGCUCGCAAACUCUCCUCCAGUCACCCCAAAACACCGAGUCCAAGUUGGGGGGAAAUCUCUUACACCUCGCACGCCGAGGAAUGCGGGAGCCCCAGCAACCAACAUAACCGUCUACACUCCUGCUAGGCAGAUGUUCGCACGAAGUGCAAACCCUGGUCGCCUAAUCGGACGAGAGCGAGAGCGGGCUGAAAUGACUUCAUUCAUUGAAGGUGGUAUGGAAUCGCGCAAAGGAGGAUGCAUGUAUAUCAGCGGCCCUCCUGGCACUGGAAAAAGCGCCAUGCUGGACGAGGUAUGCCGAGAUCUGAAUGUCCAUUCAGUAGUCAAGUCCACACAUGUCAAUUGCGUCAGCAUGCGAACUGCCAGAGAUAUCUAUGGGAAACUCAUCGAGACAUUGUGCGAUGAUUCGGAGGUCUUCUCCAUGAGCGAAGCCGAAAAACUAAAGUCCAUGUUCAUUCCUGCGAAGAAGUCGACGAACCUAUAUCUAGUGACACUAGACGAGAUCGACCAUCUUUUAACAGCCGACCCAGAAAUUCUCUACUCUCUUUUUGAGUGGUCAUUAAAUAGCAAAUCGCAUUUGCUUUUGAUUGGCAUUGCCAACGCAUUGGAUCUCACCGAUCGAUUCCUACCUCGUCUGAAAAGCAACAACAUGAAGCCCAUUUUGCUUCCGUUCUUGCCUUACAGCGCUGCUCAGAUUGCCGAUGUGAUAAAUGCCCGUUUGCGAUCACUUUUACCCACACGCGAAGACAUCCCUUCUGGCUUCGUUCCUUUUGUCCAGCCAGCUGCGGUACAGCUGUGUGCAAAAAAGGUUGCGUCCCAAACAGGGGAUUUACGAAAAGCAUUCGAUUUAGUCAAACGAGCUAUUGACGUGAUCGAGCAAGAGACUCAAACAAAGCUGGAAAAGGAGAAUACCAAUGACGUGACGAAGAGCCCAUCGAAGCCUGCUCUUACAGAGAAUGUCAAUCUGUCGUCACCUCCAAGAACUCCCAAUGACAAAGUACGCACUUUGGUCGAUACGUAUACCGCUCUUACUGCACCAAGGGCAUCCAUUGCUCAUGUUGCACGUAUUACUGCGGCAGUUUUCAGUCAAGGCACUACCCAACGCUUACAGGGGCUAAAUUUGCAGCAGAAAGCCGCUCUGUGUGCCCUUGUGGCUCUGGACCGAAAACGACGCAGUGGUAAGAUGUGUGUUACCCCGUCCAAGUCCAAGACAGCCGCACCUACUGUGCGUGAGCUCUUUGAUUCCUAUUGCUCACUAUGUCGGCUGGACAACGUGCUUCAUCCGUUGACAGCCACAGAGUUUAAAGACGUUAUUGGCAGUCUCGAAACCUUGGGCCUUGUAGGUGAAUUUCAAGGCCGCGGAAGAGGAGGGACAAUUGCUAGCGGAUCAGGGAUCAUGCGUACGCCAUCCAAGAGUGGAAGUAGCGCAUCUACACCUUUUAGGGGUACUGAUGAGAAGGGUCUCGCUUGUUUUGUGAUGGAGAAAGAGAUAGUUGAUCAGAUCGCUGGGCCCGGCGAGGGUAUUUUAAAGGCGAUGCUUGCUGGCGACUGUUUAUAAAUUCAGCCUUGCCAAUGUUUGAUUCGUAAGAUGUACUACGAUGAUAUAUUGCAUUUUGAUCAGAGUUUUUUUCUGUUCUAGCGGCGUUUCAGCGACGGUGGGAAUUAUUGCAUUUGGAGCCGGUUUGUAUAACUUCUUGACAGCAUUUUAUCCAGCGAAAGCUUGAAGGGGCAAAGUUAAAAUAGAAUCAUGAUAAAUAAAACCAUUAAUAAUGAUCAU